UCCAACAUGGCUGCCCCCAUCAACAUGUUUUUGAAAUCAAAAUAAACUUAGUAUUUCUGAUAAUAUGGCGUGUAUGAAACUUCAAAAGCUACAAGGUUACUUAGAAGAUGUUGAUAUAUUUGAGAAUCCCAAAAUAUUACUAGAGCAAUACCACACAUCACCGGAAAUUGCAGCUCAGAUGAUAUAUCUCAUAGCAUUUAAUGAUGACAACAUACAAGACAAGUGUAUUGCUGACUUGGGCUGUGGAUGUGGCAUGUUGGGAAUAGCUGCUUGUAUGAUGGAAUGUGGGCAGUGUGUAGGGUUUGAUAUAGACGAAGAUGCGUUAGCCAUUUGUCGGUAUAAUCUGGAGGAGAAAGAGAUUGAGAACAUGGAGCUGGUACAGUGUGAUGUCACCAAGAUGGAGCUAGGGACAAAGUGGAAUGAGAAGUUUGAUACUGUAAUCAUGAAUCCACCUUUUGGAACUAAAAAGAAUGCAGGGCUAGAUUUGUUGUUCCUGAGACAAGCCAUUGCUAUGACAACUAGUACUGGUGCUGUAUAUUCCCUACAUAAGACUUCUACAAGAAAGCAUAUUGAAAAAGUUGUGAGAGAUAGUUGGGAACUGGACAUUACAGUUGUUGCAGAACUUCACUUCGAACUGCCAAAGAAAUAUAUGUGUCACAAGAAGGCCUCAGUAGAUAUUUAUGUGGAUUUGAUAAAAGUUACAAAACCAGAAAAGAAAAGAUCAAAAGAGAAAGUGACAAAAAAGCAUUUGAUGAGUAGCUGAUAUUAUUCAUAAUAAUUGCCAGUUUGGAGAUAUGAUGUGUUCAGUGUGUAUGCCAAUGAGUCCUACAUGUCCAGAGUGAUCUUGCAGACAAAUGUAAUUUACUCUAGAUCAAUGGAAAUGCAGUGUUCAAAGAUGCAAUAUUAGCACCCAGCAUACAUGUUUGGACUGUAAUUGAGAAUUGUGGUACUGUAGAUACACUUAUAGGAAUGAAGGUCUUUACUACUUCUUCAUUUCUGAAGACGCCAUUUUAAUUAGACAAUUUC